ACAGGCAAUAUCUGAGCCAGAGGAAUUUGCCCUCCCCUUGAUGACUACAGUUUCAUUUGCAGGCAGAAAAUAGGAGGGCACUUAUUUGAAAUGUUAGUUUCCUUUCUGCCGUUCUAACUAAGCAGCAGCCUGAACGCAACAUGACCGGCAAACUCCUUCUCUACCUUUUAACACUGUGUCCUGCAUGUAGCUUAAUUGCUAGACCAUUGCUUGAAAAUGAUACACACAGACCAUAUAAUAAGCAUUUUGCAGUGAAACGUAUUUCUAAGCGGGAUAGUACUACCUGUCAAAAUAAUGUGCAAUAUUCAUUCAAUACAUCUACUGGUGUCAUCUGCUGUAGCUCUUGUUAUCCCGGUUUUGUUGCUAAAAAUAUUGGUUGCACAAAAACGGAUCCUAUAACCAAAUGCAAAAGCUGCACAGAGGGGAAAGAGUAUAUGGACAAAAUGAAUCAUAAAACCAAAUGUCUGCGGUGCAAUGAUUGUGACAGAGAGCAUGGACUGGAAGUCGAAACAAAUUGUACUGCAGUGAAGAAUGUAAAAUGUAAAUGUAGACCUGAUUUCUUCUGCAAUUCUCCACCAUGCCAACACUGUGAUCCAUGUGAUACGUGUGAAAAUGGUGCAGUUUUAGAAAAGUGCACCGAAACUCAAAAUACCAAAUGUCAAAGGAAAGAAAAUGUACCAUGGUAUAUGUGGGGAAUUCCAAUUAUGAUUGUGAUUCCGAUUGCGGUUGCCGUUCUUAUAUAUUUUAUAUAUAAGAGAAGAAAUAACUCAGGGGAAUACACAAUCCCACCUGGAGAUGAGGAAAAUGAAAUGGAGCUCAUGUAUCCAGAUAUGGACUUGACCCCUUGGAUUCCUGACAUUGCAGAGGAGAUGAAACUAGAGGAAGUCAUGCAGUUUGUUCGAAAAUUGCGUGUAUCCAGCAUUCGCAUAGAUGCAGUCAUAAAUAAUAAUAACAACGAUGUCACCGAGCAGAAAAUAAAAUUAUUAGAAUGCUGGUAUCAAGAGACAGGCAUAAAAGGUGCCUUUAAGACUCUAAUCACCACCCUGAAUAGACUUGGUUUUUGUGCUAUUGCUGAUAGGAUUCAACAAAAAAUAAAGCCUGAGACAAUUAAUAGCCCAGCUAUUCAUGGGAAUAACUAAUAUUUCUCUUGAAGUUUCAUGGCUGUAAUUUGAAUUCAUUUUCAAGAAAUAGGCCUGACAUUUUCAACAUUUUUACCCAACACUCUAUACAAAACAAAAAAUUCAAAAAUACAUGGUGGAUGGAGCCAUCAAGGAAUUAAAGAUGUCAUACUACAAAGGCAAAUAUGUGCAUAUGGGCAUACAUGUCUUGAUUUAAAAGAGAUUAAAAACAAACAAACAAAUGGACCAAUGUGGCUGUAGAGUAAGAUGUAGCUGACUGUGGUCCAUAGGUUAACUCCUGCAGGAAAGUGAAAGAAAGAAAUGUCAGAGUAGUGUUGGUAGCCUGCAGAAUGUCUCAGGCCCUUUUACACUCAGUGUGAUAAAAACUAAAAAAUAACGCAUGAGUCUGUUGCUUUAGAGUACUUUUGCUGUGCUGGGCAUACUGGCGCAUACUAGUGCAUUCUGGGCCCAUAACCAAUGUCAGAGUAGCAUUAGCAGCCCACAGUAUAAGGAAAGGGUGGGAAAUACAACAGCUACUGGUAAAGUAAAAAAAAGUACCAAUAAAAUUACAUUAAUUGAGGCAUCAGUAGGUUAAAUAUUUUUGAAUAUUUACAUAAAACUGUAAUUUAAGAUAACAGUAAUAAGACUUUAAUAAGAUAAGACUGUCCAAAAGCCAAGCGGAAUAUAAGCCGGCCAGAACCCUCAUUUGAGUAUAAGUCAGGAGCUUUUUCAGCCUUAAAGAAAGGGCUGAAAACCUCAACUUAUACUUGAGUAUAUAUGAUAACAGUAAGAAUAAUUGUGCCAAAGCAGCAGAUGCCAGGGCUAGAUUUGCCAAGUCAGGGGUGUCUCGGGACCUGAUAUUUUGGGUCCAAAACCCAAGACCUAGACAAGUAGACAUACUGUUGUGGCUCAGCUUGAUUUUGGGCCUGAAACUGAACCCUUUUGUGAUGAAACUGAACCCUCUUGUGAGCCUGAAAUGUUCCCUGAUGAAGAGGAUGAUGGGAUUCAGAUUUCUGGGCCUGUUCCUAUACCUUUUUCUGUGCCUCUUUCAGACAGUGCACCAGAGGAGUCAACAAGUCAGUUCUCAUGGGAAAAGAAUGCCAGAGAAUUAGAUAAUGACCAGGUGCAGAGGCCUUCACUUGCUCAGCCUUCUCAUGCUGAUACUGAUGGAGAAGAGAGCCUUGAUAGUGAUUUAAUGAGCAGGCAGGAACAUUUAGGUUGGCGGGUCAGGAGGAGUUCGCGGUUAGCCAGCAAGAAAGAAGCCAGGUCGGUGAAAGGUCACUGUAAUGCUUUCAUGUUAGCAAAAGUGUAUGUUUUCAUGUUGGCAAAAGGUAUUUAGGCUUCUGGUUAACAAGGGGAAGGUGUCAGUUCAACAUGGCUUUUAGCAUGAAAGCUUCUAUGGAAUAACCUUGGCUCUAAAGCAGCACGCUUUGGGCUUCCUGAAUCGUGCUUACAUUGCAUUGCUUACUCUAUGUUUUGACUGGGAUUUUUCCUCAAUAAACUACAAAAUCUACAGCUCUUGUGUGGUGGUAUUUGGGAGCAAGGUGAAGCCUACUCUGAGUUGCAACACAUACCCUCUUAUGAUGUCAGAGGGGGCAGGCCCUGGUUUAUGACAAAUUAAAAAAGACAAACGAAUGAGGAAAAUAUAUUUCCACGUUUUUCAAGGCAGUGUCCACACCCUGAAUUCUACCAUUUCACCUGAGGUGAGCUAAGGGGACCCAGAAACUGAGUCUCAGGGAUAAAUAUCUGGGAAACCUAUGAAUGAGAUACAUCCACUACUAAUGAGAUAUAGGAAGAAAGGUGGGAUAAACAUAUUUUUUUCAAAAAAUGAAAGAAAAUAUCAAUUAUGAAAUGUUUAGCAUAAAUCCGUUAAUUGUCCAAGGAAUUAUUGUCCUAUGGAUUUUCAAAAAGCAACUGCUGGAAAGAUAUUGUCAUGGCACAGUGGCCAGACACUUGGGCCACACUGACUUAUAGCCUACUUGUGAGCAUUCCAUGAAUCACUGGUUGUCUGUUGUAUGAACAUGUAAAUAUUGUAAAUUACUCUCUGUUCAGACUGUAAAUGGGU